AUGUUGUGUAGCAGCACAGAGGAAGUGACACCGGGUUCAAGCUCUGAGCCUGGGCCGAGCAGCGCUUCUGUAACCCCACAUGUAUCAAGUCUCCCAACCAUCUAUGGUCAGGUCAUCUGUAGACAGCGGCAGGAUCCUGUGUCAUCUUCUGUCCUUCAGAUCUCACACGGAUCAGAUGAUGUCAGGAACAGUCUGUGUCCUGGAUCAACCGCUGCCACUGAUACUGGUGCUCAGUCAUCUGUGUUCACUGACACAACACCAGUUGGAGCUCAGUGCCAGCUAAAUAUCAACAGAGGAGCAAACAGGAUCAGCUCUUCUGUGGGUUCGUCUGCUCUGACUGUCCUCUCCAGGAGCUUCAGCACUCCACGUCUGAGGACCACACCUGCACUCACACACCAUGGCCGAACCCCUCAGAGAGACCUUAACAUGACGACAUCUUCAUCAGCAUCACUGUCACAUGCCGCCUCUGUAAUAGUAGCUGUGGUGGAGGGUCGUGGUUUAGCUCGGGGGGAGAUUGGCAUGGCCAGUAUCAACAUGAAAUGCCCAGAGCUGGUGCUUUCACAGUUUGCAGACACUGGAACUUAUGCCAAGGUAAUUACCAAGCUGCAUAACUUGAUGCCUGUUGAGAUUUUAAUGCCAGACACUGCUAGUGUGAAAGGACAAGGAACCAAACUCUACAAGCUCAUCACCGAGACCUUCCCGUCAGUCUCAUUCACUGCCGUUCUAAGGAAGCACUUCAAUGAGAAGAAGGGCCUGGAAUAUAUAGAGCAGCUCUGUGUCCCUGAAUUUAGCACUGUUCUGAUGGAGGUGCAAACCAAAUACUACUGCCUGGCAUCUGCAGCUGCCCUACUAAAAUACUUUGAGUUUGUUCAGAACUCAGUAUUUGCUCCUAAGUCCUUGAAAGUGACCUUUACAGGCAGCGAGCAGACUACAAUGAUUGACGCAGUGUCGGCCAGCAAUUUGGAACUAGUAGUGAACAACAGAGAUCACAGAAGUGGGCACACUCUAUUUGGGGUCUUAAAUUACACUAAGACUGCUGGUGGGGAGCGGAGGCUACGCUGCAAUAUUCUUGAACCCCUGCUGGAUGUGGACACUAUUAACUCUCGUCUGGACACCAUACAGGAGCUGUUACAGAAUGAGGAGCUCUUCUUUGGUUUGAAGAAAGCCACUGCACACUUUCUGGAUAUAGAUGAGCUUCUGUCUGCUCUUAUUCAGGUUCCAAAGCAAGAGACGGUAUCAGUGGCUGAAGCAAAAAUAACACAAGUAAUCCAGCUGAAGCACACUCUAGAACUGGUUCCAUCACUGAAGGGCCUGUUGAAACACUCCAAGACAGCCUUGUUGCAAGCAUAUUAUACCUCGCUUGAAGACAGUAGAUUUAAAAGCAUUCUGGACCAGAUAAAAUCAAUGAUUAAUGAUGACACUAGCUACAUGAAAGGCAGUCUGAACAUGCGCACACAGAAGUGCUAUGCUGUGCGGCCCAACGUCAAUGAGUUCUUAGACAUUGCACGGCGAGCCUACACAGAGGUAGUAGAUGACAUAGCAGGAUUGGUGAACCAGCUUGGUGAAAAGUAUAGCCUACCCCUCCGGACAAGUUACAGCAGUGUACGUGGCUUCUUUAUUCAACUGAGGCUGGAGGGUGGGGUUUUACCUGGGGGGAAGUUACCAGAGGAGUUCAUCAAAGUGAGCAAGCAGAAGAGCAACUAUGGCUUCACCACUGUAGACCUCAUGAAAAUGAAUGACCACUGUGAGGAGGCUUUGAAGGAGAUUUUCCACAUGUCUUAUAUGGUGGUGUCCAGGUCACUGAGUGAGGUCUAUGAACACAUCCACUGCCUGUACAAACUGUCUGAUGCUGUGUCUCUGCUGGACAUGUUGCUCUCUUUGGCUCAUGCUUGCACUGUCUCAGACUAUGUGCGUCCUGAGUUCACUGAUACAUUGGCAAUAAAGCAGGGUCGCCACCCCAUCCUGGAGCGCAUUUCUGGGCAACAACCCAUCUCCAACAACAGCUACAUCUCUGAGGGAAGCAAUUUUGUCAUCAUUACAGGCCCCAACAUGAGUGGCAAAUCCACCUACCUCAAACAGGUGGCCCUCUGCCAGAUAAUGGCUCAGAUAGGAUCCUUUGUGCCUGCCGAGUAUGCCUCUUUUCGCAUUGCGGAUCAGAUUUUCACCAGAAUUGGAGUAGAUGAUGACUUCGAGACCAACUCCUCCACGUUUAUGGUUGAGAUGAAAGAGGUGUCUUAUAUCAUCCACAAUACAAGUGCCAAGUCACUUAUUAUUAUCGAUGAGCUGGGUCGAGGCACCAGUCCAGAGGAGGGCGUUGGUAUCUGCCACAGUAUCUGUGAAUUCCUUAUAAAUCUAAAGGCCUUCACACUGUUUGCCACACACUUUCUUGAGCUAUGCCAGCUGGAAACUCUUUAUCCGAAUGUGGAGAACCAACACAUGCAGGUUCAUCAUGUCUGCAGAGGAGAUGGCAGUGUAGAGAGAGUAGAGUAUACAUAUCUGCUGAGCCAAGGCCACUCAGAGGAGCGCAACUAUGGUAUAAGAGCAGCGGAAAUGACUGCACUACCAACCGGCAUUAUUCAGGAGGCCAAAGCUUUUGCUGCCAAAAUCAACCAAAGGCUAUGGGCUGAUCAUCAAAGUGACCCUGCCACUCGCAAACAGAGGGCAGUAUAUCGUCUAGCCACCAGACUGCUGCAGACAGCCCGUAACUCACGGUUAGACUCAGAGAGCUUACGUCAGUACCUGAAAAGCUUGAAAAGACAAUAUGAGGCUGAAAUACAGAGCAUUUCAGAGUCCAUAGAGGAGUGAUGCCUGGGCUGAGGUAAGGGACAAUGAGGUAAAAGGAUUAAAAUAAUUAAACUUAUAUCCUGACCUCUGAGUAACACCAAAAACUUCAAUGUAAAUAGUAGCAACACCUCCUCCUUGACCUUUCAGGCGAGGCUCAUGUUUAUAACAAUAACUUGGGGAGUAGAUUUAUUUAAACUACAUACGUAUUCAUCUGGUUUAAGCCAGGUUUCAGUCAAACAAAGCAUAUCCAAGCUAUGAUCUGUAAUAAUUUGAUUUACAAUUAGUGUUUUGGAUGAAAGUGAUCUAAUGUUUAGUAGCCCUUCCUUUAUAUGAUGUUUAUCUUCAUAAUUUUUUCUAAAUUACUUAAUGAGGGUUUUUCUCUAUAUGAUAUCUAGGUGAUACAGUCUCUGUGUUGUAGUUUAUGUGACCUGUGUGACGUCUCAGGGCACCUAGUAGACGUUUGGAAUAGCAAGUGUGUCUGCUUCCUGACCUGGGCCCCAGUUAGUGAAAUACUAUCACUAUUAAGACUUUUUUUUUACUAUCACUAUUAAGCCAAAUUACUAGAGAGGAGAGCGGCACCUUCCCUGGAGGGAUGGAGUCUGUCUCUCUUUAGCAGGUCAGGUCUACCCCAAAAACUCUUCCAACUGUCUAUAAAUCCUAUGCUAUCCUCUGGAUACCACUCAGACAUCCAGCCAUUCAGUGACAAUCUAAUAUGAACUUCAUCAUUGAGGUUUAUACAUUCAUUGAACCUGUUUCACAUCUCUUUAGACAAGGCAAAAGACUAAAGACUCUUCUGACCAGAGCCAGUGAGGAUAUAUCUUAUGCUGAUCACAUAUAUAUAUUUUUGUUUUAUUCAUAAAAUACCUUUUCACUGUGUUCAUAUUAUUAUUAAUUGUUAUUAAUUGUUCAUUAUUAAUUGUUGUUUAAAAUAUUUGUUCUACACUGUUCAUAAAAUACUUGUUUUCACAGUGUGUUUAAAAUAUUGAUUGAUGUUUAAAAGA